AUGAGCGCAGACGAAGCUGCGGAUUUUGCGCGUCGGCGGGAGGAUGCAGACGAAGAGGAAGAGCAAAAGAGAAGCGUGACGCCGAACUUUUCGUUCAGAUCGUUCUUCGAGAAAUCGGACGCCACCGAAAAUGAGAAGACGAAGAAGAAAAACGCGUUUCAAAAGUUCAUGGCGUUCGAACCAGAAUCGGUCACCAAAGACGAGGAGGAGGACGAUAUGGAGGAUUUUGAGGAAAACCACCCGAACGGAUGCUCGCCAAACUUGAAACGACUGGAAAAGUUGUUCAGAGAAGAAGCAGAAUUAAAAGACAACGGGGAGGAAGAAGUAGAGGAGAAGAAAAAGAAAGGCGGCUUCGGCGGCGGCGGCGGGUUUUCGCUGUUUCAAUUCGGGACGGACCGCUACGGCGAGAAUCCCGCGGAUUAUUUGUUUGACGAUUUGGGCGGGUUCGUGCCGCCGAGAGGCGCGAAGUGGGUGUCGACGAGUGCGGAAGAAGUGCAAGAUAGUGGUGGCGGAGAAGGCGGCGAGAAGAAGAGCGAAAAAACAGAAAAGUCAACGAUUGAGACGGUUUUAGAGAGGACGAAAGGGACGAACGCGUCGAAGAAGUUACCGGGCGGGAUCGUCUUGCGAGCGCCGUCAAAUGUCAUCAUGGCAAAAGACGAGAAAGGAAGAACGCUGCCAGUGUUGCCGGAAAAGAUGGACGACGAGACGCUCAUGAGGACGACGCACUCGAGAGAUCCUUCUGAAAUUCCCGAGGACGUCUUGCUCGCGCUCGAGGAAGAGGCCAAGGAAGAGGCGCAGAAGACGACGAUGAUGAAGAAAGAAGGAGGAGAAGUAGAAACCGCGCAAAAAUUAGGAGCUCCGACGCCAACACCGACGCCGACGUCGACGCCGAUAAAGAAAGAAGGUGGAAGUAGCAACUUCAGAAAGAAACAAGAUUUGAAGAAAGUCUCCGGUGUGACUAUCCCUUCGUCCAUGUGGGAAAUUGUCGAGUUUAAUCGCGCGAUGAUUCGAGUGAUGACUAUGCUCAUGAAAGAGUUGAAACCGUUGGGUGUUGAAGGUAUGACGAUAUUUGACCCAAUCGCGGGUAUUAUGCUGUGGAGAGAACAACGCGCGGAGGCGAGAUUGAAGAAGACGUCGAAACAGUAUUUAUACGGCGACGACGAAGAUGAAAUGCACGACGAGGCGUUGUUUUUUGACAACAAUAACAACAACGCCAACGCGAGUGGUAACGCUAGCGUUAACAAUAUCUCCGUCAGAAGAGACGGAGAAGUAUCGCUGGAAGCUAUGGAAGAAUUAAAACCUGCGUUACGACACGCGUCUGCCGCGUACGGAACGCUUUCUGCUUUGCUCAUGAACGCUUCGAAUAAGGAAAAGUUUGCGACGUUUGCGAAACACGUAGAGAUUCAAAACGAGAAAGAUCCGGACGUUUUGCACGACAAAAUUACGGAAACUGCAGCAAAACACGCGAAUGUUUCGCCCGAAGAUAUAUUAGUCGCCGAUUGGGAAACGCUACAAUUCUCUCCGGCAUCUUACGUCGCCGUCGACCGAAACGAGAAAUUGGUGGUCUUAGCCAUUCGAGGUACCGCGAAUGGAAGUGAUUUCAUCACGGAUGCGUGUUCGACGUCUGUGCCUUUCCUCGGAGGGUUCGCGCACAGCGGCGUCGUCAUGUCUGCGUGGCAAAUUAUCUCCACGAGAUUGCCGCAAAUGACGAGAGCGUGUUACGAAAAUCCAGAUUUCAAAGUGUUACUCACCGGGCACUCUAUGGGUGCAGCUGUCGCCGUGUGCGUCGCCAUGCUUUUACGAUCUGGUGACGUUGAUGUCAUAAGCGCCGCGCAAAAAGGUGUCGAGGGUUUACCAAACAGCGAAGGCGCUAUUGCGUCUGUCAUGCAUAACUGCACGGUCGUUUCCUUCGCCUCGCCGGCGGUGGUUACUUUGGAUUUAUCGUUGAAGUGUCAAGACUACGUGACGUCGGUUGUCGCUGGGAAAGAUGUCAUUCCGAGGUUAUGUUAUGCCUCCGUGCGCCGACUUCUGAGACGGUUAAAUGCCGCCUCUCCCGCGCAACCAAUGCUGAAGUCCAUCGGAGGCGCAUUUCGUGAAGUUGCCAACGGAUUACAAAAUUCAAGCAGAAGCAAUAGCAUUAGCGAAACCACUAGCGAACAAAUAGAGCUGACGAAUAGAAAUAGCAACGGCGAAGCUAAUAAAACCGACGGCGGCGAGGUAGACGAAAGUGCCGACGAUGCGACGACGACGAACGGUGGUACCGAAGGUGCGGAAAAAUCGAAGAAGAGAGAUUCGGAUCAAACAAGCUGGCAAGAUUUAGGCGACCAGAGCGGAUUGGAACUUCGCGAUCAUUCGGGAAGCGAUUUCCUCGUGCAACCAGGACGCGUGAUUCACUUGCGCCGACUGUCCAGCCAACGUCCUGUGGCGCAACCGAAACACGCGACAGCGUUCACGGACAUUCCUUUAAGCACGAGAAUGAUGACCGAUCACAUACCGAUGGUGUACGAAUCCGCGAUUUUAGAGAUUUGCGAACGAAUGAAAGCGGAACGAAUGGAAACUAUGCACGAAGUGGCCAACAGGUUCCGUCGCGUGACGAGCGUCGACUUGAUGAAUUCGCCCUCGCGGCAUCAUCCAACGCGAGGAGUGCUUUCACCCGGUUCAGAGUUCAAACGAAGCGUCGCAGAAGGCGCAAAAAACAAGAAAGAGAAACAAUCAAUGCUCGCCAACGCUGCGCCUCGCUUCGGAGAAGAAGAAGAGAAGGAGAGAAGGCAACGAAUGCUUUUUUCUUCCGCCGCCGAAAAGACGACGACUUCAAAAACGGAGGAAACCACCCAAACGUCCAACAGUAAAGGCUGGCAAGUCGUCCGAAACUUCUUCUCGACCAUGAUGUCAGACUCGCCAACGGGAGACUACGAUAAAAGUCCCACCCGAAGCGACGACGAGAAUACGCUCCUCGACGGCGACGACCCCAACGACAAAGACGACAAAGGGCAAAUCGUCGACGAAUUCCACGCCGCCGCCGCUUCUGCCGCGUAUAAUAGCGCACAGCGAUAG